AGUCAGUGGAACGGCGGAACUGCUGCGUGUUUUCCAGGAAAGUUCGAAACGCCCUUUUUCGCGAGUUCCAUUUUGCGAAUAGGGAAGCAUAUGCUCAUAUGAAUAUGAAGCAGGUUUAAACUACUUGCGGGGCUACUUGCUGUAUGUGGUUGUGACUGAAACCGUAUUUAACUGUGUUUAAUUUGCCUAUAGAGUGGUUAGUAAACUCGGUUUCUUAAAGGCAGUCUAAAGGACGUACAGGAUGUUUUCCCCAUUUCUUAUGUGUGAGAUCAUCCUCACACUCAUCUGUCUCGCACUGUGUUACGAGCCCACAAAGGAGGACUUGAAGUGUUUUAAUGACUAUGAGACAGAAAUGAAAUGCAGUCUCUCCUCUGACCGUCUCCAAAGCUGCUCUGGAUACAAGCUCAACAUCACACAUCCUGUAUUCAAUACGUUUGAAAAGUAUACAUGCAUCUUUGAGAGAAGUCAUCACAGUGACAAUUGUGAGUGCAAAAUUAAAGUGCAAGGGUUUGUUGCAACAGAGAUCUUCAGUACUACACUUCUGGAAGGAACAAAUGUUUUAUUAAGCAAAAUAUUCAUGACUUCAGACUUCAUCAAACCGAAAUCUCCAGUCUUAUCUGUGCAAAAGACUGAAAAUGGAAACUUUAAUGUAACUUGGGAUGACCAGUAUGACAAAAGUGGUUUGGCAGGAAGAAAUUUUUUUGAAUCCUUGAGAAUAAAUCUGACCUAUGGCAUCAAAGGAGGACAUGAAAAUAUAUCCAAGACAGUGCCGAACACAAUGGGAUCAUUUGAGAUUGUGGCCAAAAAUCUCCAGCCAAAUACCAACUACAUUCUGACAGCAACAAUGAGCUCUGACUAUAAUGAUCAUAGUAUAUCUAGUGACCAGAGCGCAACAGUUGAGUUCACCACCUCCUCAUCCCCAAAUAAAAUAGCCAAAAUUAUGAUUCCACUUCUCUGUGUUGGUUUAAUCAUCAUCAUUUGUAUUAUCUUCAUCUGCAUUUUGAGCAUGAAGACGAUUUGGUGGGACAAAAUCUCCAAGCCAAAAAUAGAUGCCAAUCUUGGAGAGGAGAAGGGUCAUAUUUUGCCUCCAUCUGUUACGAAGUUCUCUCCAAUCCAAGUAGAUUGGAUUCCAACACUGGGCCUUCAGGAGGAUAAGAAAUUGAUCUCAGCAUUAUAUGUAGAUACAAACAAUGAAAAAAGUUCCCACAGUGUUGAGUCAGUGCCUGUGGAUUAUGGCCAGGCUUGCCUGGAAGAGAACAUCAGCACCAUCAACAUCGCAUUACGUGUCGAGCAUGCCUUAAAUGAGGUGUUUAAAUCACGUCCAAUCUCAAACAACCCAUCACUGUCCCCCCCCAACAAUCAGGUUACUACGAGCAGGUCAUACAAGAGUGUUAACGGAAUCAGUUCCUCAAGAGAACACAACCGUGCAAACCGAGAUUCAGGAUAUCAGGCUUUUCAAGGCUUGACAAAGAGCACAGAAGGACAGUGGAGCACAAGCGUCAGUACUGAACAAGCACUUAAUGCGUGUAAAGCUUUGAAAUUCCCCCACAGCACCGGCCAAGAUCCCACAUCUGUGCAGCAAAGUUUGUGGGCCUCUUCUUUGCAUUUCUCACCCUUUAUUCAAAUAGACAAUUCAUAUCAAUGUGUUUAACUGGGCUGUAAAACAAAUAAGUACAUGCCUGAAAUCUUUCAUUAUUUUUUGCAUGCAAUGUCUACAGUUACAAGGAAUCAUUCUUUUCAAAAUAUGACCAGUAAUAAGAACUAUGUGAACUUUGUUCACUACUUAUUCAGGCUUAGAGCCAAUGCCUUGAAUUUAGGUUUUGCUAGCUACUUCUGCAAUAAGAUGUUGAAAAUGCCUUAAAGGGAUAUUCCACCCAUUAAAAUGAUCUCAUGCUGUCCCAGA